AGUCCCUCUCUCUCUUCUGUGUCAAUGGCUAUCUUUGUAAACCCUCUCAGAACCCUAUCUUUCUAGAACGCAAUCCUUCAAUCUCUACUCAUUCAAAUCCAAACCCUAAACAAAAUUUCUUUCUUCUUCUUCUUCUAAAUCCCAUUCCCAAAUUCAAUCCCGAAAUCCCCUAAAUCUAUCAAAAUGGCUCUGUCCAAAUCCACAUUCUUAACCCACCUUAAAACCCUAGCUAAACCCCACCACCACCACCGCCUUUCUCCCCAGCCCUCAUUUCUCUCCAUUCGAUUCCUCUCCUUCGCCACCCCGGAAGAAGCUUCCGCUGAGCGCCGCCGCCGUAAGCGCCGCCUCCGUAUCGAACCACCUCUCUCUUCCCUCCGACGCUCCCAGCAACAACAGCAACAGCAACAAUCUCAGCCACAAAAAUCUCAAAACCCCAAUGCCCCAAAACUCCCAGAACACGUUUCUGCGCUCACAGGUAAUCGCCUUAAUCUUCAUAAUCGAAUUCUCACUCUUAUUCGCCAGAAUGAUCUCGAGGAAGCUGCUCUAUACACUCGACACUCUAUUUAUUCUAACUGUCGUCCCACCAUUUUUACUGUCAACUCGGUGCUCAAUGCUCUGUUACGUCAGUCCAAAUACGCGGACCUUCUUUCUCUUCACCGGUUCAUCACACAGGCCGGUGUUGCCCCGAAUAUCAUAACCCAUAAUUUGAUUUUUCAGACUUAUUUGGAUUGUCGGAAGCCCGAUACCGCCAUGGAACAUUACAAGCAGUUGAUUAAUGAUGCGCCUUUCAACCCUUCCCCUACUACGUAUCGGAUUCUUGUCAAAGGGUUGGUGGAUAAUAACAGGUUGGAGCGGGCUUUGGAGUUGAAAAUGGAAAUGGAUGUCAAAGGGUUCGAGCCUGAUCCCAUUGUUUACAACCAUUUGAUGGUGGGUUGUGUUAGGAACUCGGAUGUGGAUGGGGUUUUUAAGUUAUAUGAAGAGUUGAAGGAGAAGUUGGGAGGGGUUUUGGAAGAUGGGAUUGUGUAUGGGAGCUUGAUGAAAGGGUAUUUCAUGAGGGGAAUGGAGAAGGAGGCCAUGGAGUGUUAUGAAGAGGCUAUUGGAGCGAAUUCAAAAGUGAAGAUGAAUGCUGCAGCCUAUAAUUCUGUAUUGGAUUCUUUGAGCAAGAAUGGUAAGUUUGAUGAGGCCUUGAAGUUAUUUGAUAGAAUGAUAGAGGAGCAUAAUCCUCCAAUGCGUCUAGCAGUGAAUUUGGGUAGCUUUAAUGUGAUGGCAGAAGGUUAUUGUUUGCAGGGAAGAUAUAAGGAUGCCAUUGAGGUCUUUAGGAAGAUGGGUGAUUAUAGAUGUAGUCCGGAUACCUUAUCAUUCAAUGUUUUGAUCGAGCAAUUGUGUAAUAAUGGAAUGUUGACAGAAGCUGAGGAACUUUAUGGAGAAAUGGGAGACAAGGGAGUGAACCCAGAUGAGUUUACAUUUGUUAUGUUGAUGGAUACUUGUUUAAAGGAGAACAGGCCUGAUGAUGCAGCUGAGUAUUUCAGGAAGAUGGUUGAUUCCAAGUUGAGGCCAAAUUUAGCCGUUUAUAAUAAGUUGGUUGGUGGGUUGGUUAUGGUGGGGAAGGUUGAUGAAGCAAAAUCGUUUUUUGAUCUGAUGGUGAAUAAACUCAAGAUGGACAUUCCGAGCUAUGAGUUUAUAAUGAAGGCGUUGAGUGAGUCAGGGAAAUUGGAUGAGGUGCUUAAUGUGGUUGAUACAAUGCUGGACGAUGAUGGAGUUGAAUUUAGCGAGGAGUUGCAGGAGUUCGUGAAGGGGGAGCUUAGGAAGGAAGGGAGAGAGGAUGACUUAGCGAAGCUUAUGGAAGAGAAGGAAAGGCAAAAAGCUGAAGCUAAGGCCAAGGAAGCAGAAGCAGCUGAAGCAGCAAAGAGAAGUGCGAGAAUUGCUGUGUCCUCUUUACUUCCAUCUAAGUUGUUUGGAAAUAAAGAAUCUGAGUUGGAAUCUUCGGAGGCCAAUGGAAAUACAGCUGAGGCUUCCGUAGUAAAUGGAGAAACUCAGGCUGAUCAUGAAGAGAGCACCAAAGAAGCUUCUUCUUCAGAUUCUACUUCAGACUCUACUUCAGACUCGGGAGAAGAAAGGUGAUACGGUGGACACAGAAGCCAGACAUGAUGGUGCAUCCAGCCAAGAACCUGAUGUCAAAAUGAUAACUUGCUGGGUCAAAAUGUUACCUUGAAUUGAAAUGCGAAGCAUGAACCUGAUGUCAUCUCCUCCAUAGUCAAGAACGAGUACGUAAAAGUUGUUUGGAAAAAUGAUGGUUAGCUGAUUUUGUAUCCCCUUAAUAUUAGUGAGUUUUUUGGGUUUGAGAGUCAACGAGACUAGGCAGGUUUCUCUCUUUUAUUGAACUCAACCUGUGAGGCACCCGAGAAUCUGUGUUACAAUCAAUAUAUAUUUCCUUCAAGAUAUAAAGUUUGAUUCGUUUUUAUUAA